GUUGGACUUUAGCAGCAAACAGUAAAGAGUCAGAUAUAUAUAAACAGCUUACUGUAAAUUGAAAAGUUACUUCUACAGCUUUUACUCUUUGUUGCUGCUGCUGUUGUUGUUGUUGUUGUUGUUGUUGUUGUUGUCGCUGAUCUGUUGAGUGCGCAUAGAGCAAAACAAUCCAAGCAAAACGUUCACCUUAAGAAACGCAGCCAGUUGGACUCUCUCCUCAGUUGAAGUUAAAAACCAAGCCGGACAGCAUCUUCUGGCCAUGUUUCGCUUAAUUCUGCUGUUGCUGCCGUUGUUUUGUGCUGCGCAUGUGACUGAGCCAAGUCUGUACGGCAGCGGCGACAAUGUUAAGGUCUUAAACAAUGAAACGCUGGAGCUGGAGCUGCACAGUUCGCCCAACUGCCAACUUGUCCAAUUUAUCAACUAUUUCUGUGGCGAUUGCCGACGUUUUGCUGGCACAUUUAAGCAGCUCGCCUGGAGGCUGCUGGCCUGGCAGCGCGUACUCUCGAUCUACGUGGUGGACUGUGCCCAGGAGCGCAAUGUGCGCAUCUGUCGAGAUUUCGAUAUACGCAAGACACCCACGCUGCGUCUAUAUCCGCCGGGCUAUCAGCGCACCGAGCAGGAUGUGGGCCACGAGCUGGAUACUCUGCAGCCGGAGGAAAUCUACGCUCAGCUAGCUGCAUUUCUGGCCAAGGUGAAGUAUGCGUCGCUGGGACAGCCCAAUUUUGAGCCACUGUCUGCGCUGGAUGAUCGGCAGAGCUUGCUAAAUGAGUGCAAUAACAGCACAAAGUAUAUAGUGCUAGUCUAUCAGCCGCAGAGCUCCGCCUUGGGCAGAGAUACCAUAUUGGGUCUGUUAACUUGGCCAGCUGUCUUUGUGCGCAUUCUGAGCGAUUCUGCGCUGUUUGGCCACCUCGGUCUCAAGCCAAACAAAUUGCUUAUUAUGGACUGCCUGGGCGGCAGCUUGAGUCUGCAACCGCGCAACGACAGCAGCGUGGCUUAUGUGAACAGCGUGGCCGAGUAUCUGCAGGCCAAGGGCUAUGCCACGCUGAUGCCAGCUGCUACGACGCCUGCUCCAGAUGUCAGCUCCCAUCUUGUAGAUGAGGAGCAGGCUGCCAUUCUGGCUACUGUUUUGGGAGCUGGCCCAAAGACCUAUCGCGCCGACUUGGAGCAGGCCAUUGAUAAGCUGCUUCACAUUGAGCUGCCCAAGGCGCGCGUCUUUGAGGCUGCAGGUCAUCUGGCUUUGCGACAGUUGCUCAACGUCUUGCGUCUGUUCAGUCCAUUGAAUCGCAGUGGAAAUGUGUUGCUGGCUCGUCUGCAUGAGUUUGUUAAUGGCUCCAGUGAUGCACUGAGCGGCGCUGCCUUUCAGGCACAGGUGCAGUUGCAGGAGAGCAUGCUGCCCAAGGUGUUCAAGGCCAGGCGCUAUGUGGGCUGCAUUGGCUCGGCUCCAGUGCUGCGUGGCUUCACCUGCUCGCUGUGGACGCUCUUUCACUAUCUCACCGUGCAGUCGGCCAGAUCGAGUGUGCUGCCCGCGGGCUACGUCUUGGGCGCCAUACACGGCUUCGUGAGCCACUUCUUUGGCUGCAAGGAUUGUGUGCAGCAUUUCCUGGCCAUGGCGGACAGACGCAAGCUUUUCUCAGUUGCCACUCGGGAUGAGGAAAUACUUUGGCUGUGGGCGGCACACAAUGAGGUGAAUCAACGUUUGGCUGGCGAUUCCACGGAGGAUCCCCAAUUCCCCAAGCUUCAGUUUCCCGAUCUCAAUGCCUGUCCCAAGUGUCAGCUGCAAUCGGCCUCAAACACAACUUGGCAGCUUCAAGAGGUUUUGAAGUUUCUCAAAGAUGUUUAUGAUGCCAAGAACUUGAGCAACUACGGACUACCCACGGCUAAUGGCUACGAUUAGUAGUUUGAUAUAGAUUCAAAUUAAAUUGCCUGAAAAU